UCCACACACCGCAUCCUGCUCGUGCUCAGCCCGGCGCAGGACUGAGCUGCGUUAGCUUAUCAUUUCUUCACGAGAGACUGUAGAGGAAGAGACAAGAGCGUCAACAAGUCUUCAGGAAAAGGAUCCUGAGUGCAGACAGCAGAACAGUAGCAGCAGGAGCAGAAAAGAAGCCAGUCUCACCGGUUCAGCUGGACAGGAGGAGGAAGUGUUGCUGCAGCUGAGAAGCCUGAGGGAAAUACUCAUCCGGAAAACUGCAUUCUUCUUCCAGUCAGGGAGAAGAGAAGAGGAACUGUGGCUGACCUGCAGCCAUGCAUCGCAUAAGGACUACAGUGUCAAGGCUUCGGCCUUUAACUGCUGCACAGACAGCACAGAGCCGGUCACAGCACAGACUCUUAGCGACCAAAGGAGGCUUAAGGACGUUUCAGCCUCUGAGGCACCUGAACACAUCGGUGGCCUCUGAGCCCUUUCUUAAUGGAACCAGCUCAAACUAUGUGGAGGAGAUGUACUAUGCAUGGCUGGAGAAUCCCAGGAAUGUGCACAAGUCCUGGGAUAUUUUUUUCCGUAAUGCUAACGCCGGGGUUCCCCCUGGUUCGGCCUAUCAGAGCCCUCCUCCCCUCGGGACUUCUCAGGGACUAACCAGUAUCCAGGCUCUGGUGGGAGCUCAGCCCAACGUGGAGAAACUGGUGGAGGAUCAUCUAGCAGUACAAACACUUAUAAGAGCUUACCAGGUACGAGGACACCACAUAGCCAAGCUGGACCCCCUGGACAUCAGCUGUGUAGACUUUGACGAUACACCGUGUGCUGUUGGUUUCCAGAAUGUUGAGUUGUCUCAUUAUAAGGAUGGUCUGUGUGAUCUGACUCCCAGAGGUGUGUACGGGCUGACAGAGUCUGACUUGGAUAAAGUUUUCCGUCUUCCCACUACGACCUUUAUCGGAGGCAAUGAGAGCGCUCUGCCUCUCAGAGAGAUCAUACGGCGCCUGGAGACGGCGUACUGUCAGCACAUCGGUGUGGAGUUUAUGUUCAUUAAUGACCUGGAUCAGUGUCAGUGGAUCAGACAGAAGUUUGAGACUCCAGGAGUCAUGCAGUUCAAUCUGGAGGAGAAAAGGACGCUACUGGGCCGAAUGAUCCGAUCCACCAGGUUUGAGGAGUUCCUGCAGAGGAAGUGGUCAUCAGAGAAACGAUUCGGUCUGGAAGGCUGCGAGUCGCUCAUCCCGGCCCUAAAGACGAUCAUCGACAAGUCAAGUCAGAGCGGAGUGGAGAGUGUGAUCAUGGGGAUGCCUCACAGAGGGAGACUGAAUGUUCUCGCCAAUGUGAUCCGGAAGGAGCUGGAACAAAUUUUCUGCCAGUUCGACUCCAAACUGGAGGCUGCAGACGAGGGUUCAGGAGAUGUGAAGUACCACCUGGGGAUGUAUCACAAGAGGAUGAACCGCGUCAGCGACCGUCAGAUCACGCUGUCCCUCAUGGCAAACCCGUCUCACCUGGAGGCGGUGGACCCGGUGGUUCAGGGGAAAACCAAAGCGGAGCAGUUUUACUGCGGGGACACAGAGGGCAAGAGGGUGAUGUCUAUUCUGCUUCACGGUGACGCUGCGUUUGCAGGCCAAGGGAUCGUUUACGAGACGUUUCACCUGUCUGACCUGCCGUCAUACACCACGCACGGCACGGUUCAUGUGGUGGUGAACAACCAGAUUGGUUUCACCACAGACCCCAGGAUGGCUCGUUCCUCUCCGUACCCCACAGACGUCGCUCGAGUCGUCAACGCUCCCAUCUUCCACGUCAACGCAGACGACCCUGAGGCCGUGAUGUACGUGUGUAAUGUGGCGGCCGAGUGGAGGAACACUUUCCAUAAAGACGUGGUCGUAGAUCUGGUGUGUUACAGAAGAAACGGCCACAAUGAGAUGGACGAGCCGAUGUUCACUCAGCCGCUGAUGUACAAGCAGAUCAAGAAGCAGAAGGGGGUUCUGAAGAUGUAUGCAGAAAAACUUAUUGCGGAGGGAGUUGUAACAGCACAGGAGUAUGAGGAGGAAGUAGCGAGAUAUGACAAAAUCUGCGAGGACGCCUACACUCGCUCUAAAGACGAGAAGAUCCUGCACAUCAAACACUGGCUGGACUCACCGUGGCCAGAGUUUUUCACUCUUGAUGGACAACCAAGAACAAUGUCCUGCCCUCCCACCGGCAUCAGUGAAGAAGACCUCUGCAAUAUUGGAAACAUCGCUUCCUCAGUCCCAGAGAAAGACUUCACCAUACACGGAGGUUUAAGUCGCAUCCUGAAGGGCAGAGUAAACAUGGUGGAUCAGAGAGUUUGUGACUGGGCUCUGGGUGAAUAUAUGGCCUUUGGGUCUCUGCUCAAAGAAGGGAUCCACGUUCGGCUCAGUGGGCAGGAUGUGGAGAGAGGAACAUUCAGCCAUCGUCAUCAUGUUCUUCAUGACCAGAACGUCGAUAAGCGGAUCUGCAUCCCCAUGAACUACAUCUCCCCUGAUCAGGCUCCAUACACCGUCUGCAACAGCUCUCUGUCAGAGUAUGGAGUUCUGGGUUUUGAGCUAGGAUAUGCCAUGUCCAGUCCCAACGCUCUGGUUCUGUGGGAGGCCCAGUUUGGAGAUUUCCACAACACGGCUCAGUGUAUCAUCGACCAGUUCAUCAGCUCAGGCCAGGCCAAAUGGGUCCGACAGAACGGCAUCGUGCUGCUGCUUCCUCACGGCAUGGAGGGAAUGGGUCCUGAGCACUCGUCUGCCCGCCCUGAGAGGUUUCUACAGAUGUGCAACGAUGAUCCUGAUGUUUUCCCUAAACUGACGGACGACUUUGCCGUUCAUCAGCUGUACGAAUGCAACUGGAUCGUCGUCAACUGCUCGACUCCUGCGAACUAUUUCCACGCCCUCCGCAGACAAAUCCUGCAGCCUUUUAGGAAGCCUCUGAUAGUUUUCACUCCCAAGUCUCUGCUGCGCCAUCCUGAAGCCAAGUCCAGCUUUGAUGAGAUGCUGCCAGGAACAAGCUUUCAGCGGGUAAUUCCAGACGGCGGCCCUGCAGCCUCCAGCCCAGAGAAGGUGAGGAGAGUUGUUUUCUGCACUGGAAAAAUCUACUACGACCUGACCAGGGAACGCAAGAACAGAGGAAUGGACGACACGGUGGCUAUCAUCCGUAUAGAGCAGCUGUCACCGUUUCCGUUCGAUCUGGUGAAAGCCGAGGUGGAUCUGUAUCCAAACGCUGAUCUGGUUUGGUGUCAGGAGGAGCACAAGAACCAGGGAUACUACGACUACGUCAAGCCCCGAAUCCGCACCACAAUCAACCGCAGCUGCCCCGUCUGGUACGCUGGUCGAGAUCCUGCAGCCGCUCCGGCCACUGGAAACAAACACACUCACCUCACGGAGCUGCAGCGUUUACUGGACACCACGUUUGAUUUUGACGCUUUCUCAGGGAAAAUCUAAAAACCGGUUUACAUCUCUCUCCAUCCUCAAACACACAUCCAGCCUGCCUGUUUAGAUUCAGCCGUUUUUUAUGACAUAUCAGAUUGUUUUCAGGCAAUCAGACGAAACGCACAAUGACUUACUGACCGCUUACACUGUUACCAUGGAAACCUCGUGUCCACAGCAAUGGACACCUAAAAAAUGAACCUGCUUGAAUGUAUGAAUUUAUGAAACGUUGAUUUUUUUUUUUUUUUUUUUUUAAAUUUUAGAGAGUUUCAGCAAAAAAAUGUCAACAAGCUGCUCGCUGCACAUCCACAAUCUUACUGAAAUCAUGUAAACAAGCACUGCAUGGAGAAAAAUUCAGCUUUAAUUUAUUAAUAUGCUGAGAAAUCACGCUUACACUGAGAGUUACAUCUGAACAUGAUUAGCUCAAUAUAGCAUGAAGAUUACAGAUGAAAUGAAACAUCUCUCCUGGGUUUAUCCAGACGAAAUGAUAUCUGAAGAAUACUUUUUAUAGUUAAAGCUCUUUUUACUAAAACCUGUAAAAAAAAGAAAAAGAGGUAGUUUUAGAGUGGUUUAUUUGUGGCAUAGAUCGAAGAGAUGAGUGAGGGACGGAUGAUGGGAAGAGGAUAGGGUUGGAUAGAUGACGGGGAUAAGAAGAGAAAAGUUUGUUUGAGGUCUGAUGGAUGUUGAAGGAUGAUGGCGUGGUUUCAUUUAGUGCCAGUAUGUCACUGCUCAGAUCUGCAGUGCAUCUUUAUCCAAUUUUUAUUCCCAAAAAAAUGAAUUUUGUCAAACGCAGUAAUGAAACUGAUAAAACAGAUGAAUUCAGUAUGUUUUCUGCACUUUUAUCACGAAUUCUGCAGUGCCCUGGUGUAGCUUUUCUCCAUUUCUACAAACAUCUCAUGCAUCCUUAUUCAAUAUCAUACCUCUCCUUUUUUAGGAAAUUGUAAAUCCUUUUUUUUUUUUAUUUUAAAGGGAUGCACGAUUUUUCUGGCAUUUCGUACCGGAAGAAAAAAUUACACGAAUGUGUUAGCAGAUAUUAGAAUUUCUACCUUUAUUUACAGCUGAUAAAUAACUCUUUGAAAGAAUUAUUUUAGAGAAAGUUAAAAAAACAUUUUUUUAGAGAUGGAUUAGGGUGUACAUGUACAUCUGAGUUUGUUAGCUUGAUGCUAACAUAUAAUGGAAACUGCCUUUAACAGGCUAAUGGAUUUAGCGUUGCUCCGUGCUGAUUUUAACUGCAGAGACCCUCUAUUUCACUGGGAAAUACAAAGUUAAAUGAAUUGCUUUAUCACUUGCAAAAAAAUGUUCUGUAAAGUUGAUUGUUUCUUGUUCCUCUGCACCACAUCUGUCAGCGGACAUUACUGCUUUCUUCUUCUUUUGUCAUUUAAUGGCGGUAAGCAGACAGUUGUCUGCUGUGCUUCAGCGAAGAUUGGUGGUAGUAUCACAAUAAAACCACAAAAAAAUGUCAUCUUAAAGUGAGAUAACUGCCUCAUAGAAAUAGCUGAAUAUUCAAAAACCAGCCCCCAUCCGUUGUUAUAUAGCGAGCAUCAAGUUUCUGGAGUUGAAGAAAAUCCAACAUCAUUCCUAAUAUUUGCUGCAUUAAUUCCUAAAAGUUUUACAGCUCAUCUCCUCGGUGCUCCACUUGCAUCCUGCCUCAUUGCCGUUCUUGUCGUCUUUUGUGCCAAAUCAACCAGAUUACUUGAAAUUAUC